AUGGCUAAACCUUCGAAAAAAGCUGCCAAACCAAAAACACGUUCAAAAAUGACACGUGAAAAGAAAAAACAAGGCACUGUUGGCAAAGCUUCGAAACAAGAAAAAAAAUUUCAUCGAAAAGUAAAAUUUAAUGUACCAUUAAAAAAGAAUCCAUCGGUUUAUCAAAAAAAUAAGCCUCAACCGAAAAAACAACAACAACAACAACAACAACAAAACUUGACGAUGGAAAGUGAUAAGAACGGAUAUGAUGCCGAUGAUGAUAAUCUUAUUUUACCAUUAGAUAUGUUGUCGGAUGAAGAACCUGAACAAAUUAAUAUUCCAACAGAUGAUGAAGAUGAGGAUAAUGAACUUAUUGAAUCAUACGAACUUUUACCACGCUCAUCAUUUAAUAAGACAAAUCAACAACGGCCAUUAUUACCAAUUAAAACUGAUCGCGGACAAUUAAUCGCUCAAUCAGCACCAGUCGUAGUUCAACAAGAAAUUCAAGAUGACGACGAUGAUGAUGAAGAAGACGCCGAUGAUAAAAUGGAUUCUAUGCUAUCUGCUGCUCCUUCUGAACCAUCGAAACCUGUUUCAAUUAUUGAAUUGAUCGCUGAACGUGAUAGAAAAUUGAAUGAAACCAAACAAACAAUUGUUAAUUUAUGUGAUUUAAUCAUGAAAAGUCCUUAUGAAGAAAUAUCAAAUUUAAAACAAUUACGUCUAUUGCUAAAUCUUGGCGAUCCAUUAAUAUCAAUGACAGUAAGAAAAUUAACAAUGCUGUCAUUAGUUGAACUAUUUCGUGAUAUUGUACCUGGAUAUCGUAUACGUUCAUUGAAAGAACAAACUAAAGAUGAUAAUGAAGAAAUUAAAAAUUCGAAAAAAGAAAAAUAUUCACAUAAAGAAAAUCUAUCUAAAGAUGUUAAAGUUAUUCGACAUUUCGAACAAACUUUACUUAAACAUUAUCAACAUUUUCUUCAUUUUCUUGAGCAAUGCGCUAAAAAAAGUCUUCCAGAAAAUCAUUUGGCAAAAAAUAAACAUAAACAACUUAAAACAAUUCCAGCAUCAAAGCUUAAUCUUGGACAUUUAGCUAUACAAUGUUUAUGUAAAUUAUUAACACAUUUACAUAAUUUCAAUUUUCGAACGAAUUUACUGAACGUCGUUGUGCAAUUUAUGGCUAGUAGUGAUUUGGCUGUACGGGAAGAAUGUUGCAGUUGUAUUGCGAGUCUUCUUCAUGAUGAUCGUGCAGGUGAAUUAUCUCUUGAAGUUGUUCGUUUUGUUACACGCUUGUUAAAAACUCGUUCAUACGCUGUUGAACCAUGUGUACUCAAUGUAUUUCUGUCACUUAAUAUCCGUGAAAUAUCUCCAAUAGAAGAAAAAAAAAUUGAAAAAGCAACGAAACCAGAUUAUCGAGCUCAAAAAUUAUCACGCCGUGAUCGUCGUCAACAUAAAGAAAAACAAGAAUUAAAUAAGUUACUUGAAAAUAAAACUUUAGCUAAUCGUCAAGACCAUCGUAUAAAAAUAAAUCGUCAAAUAGUUGAAUUAAUUUUUCUUAAUUAUUUUCGUUUAUUAAAACGUCGUCUCAAUUUACGUUUGAUGCCAAGUGUAUGUGAAGGUUUAGCUAAAUUUGCUAAUCUAAUUAAUAUUGAAUAUAUGGAUGAUUUAAUAGCCUGUUAUUAUGACGAAUUAUCGUCUGAGAAAACUGGUUUAAACCAACGUGCUAAAUUUCAUUGUUUAAUAACAGUCUUCUCCAUAUUAAAUCGACAACAAGUAUUAAUACAUAUUGAUCCACAACGAUUUUAUGCGUUAUUUUAUUCAUUACUUUUACCGUGUCCAUCGGAUACAGAUAUUGAUCUUGUUGUUAAACUCAUACAAAUGAUGUUACUUGAUCGUUAUAAACAAUUAUCAAAAAAUAAGUUACUUGCUUUUGUCAAGCGCCUAUUAACAAUGGUAUUACAUUUACAAUCAAGUAAAUCAGUUAGUGCUAUUUUAGUUAUGAUAAAAGCAUUAUUAACAAUAUCACCGUUAGUUACUGAGCAAUUAUAUGAUAAUGAAUUUUCUGGCUCGGGCAUAAGAUAUCUUUGGGAUUUAGAUGAUCCCGAAUAUUGUAAUUCACAAAAUGCAACAUUGUACGAAUUAAUUUUAUUGAAAAAAACAUCGGAUAAACAUGUUCGACAACAAUGCGAAGAAAUUCUAAAUGGUAAAUUUCAAUCGGAUACACAUGUUCUACGAUCGUGCCAACAGAAUGCUUUAGCAUAUCUUCAAACAGCGGACAACAACCAACUGCCAGAAAAAUAA